GGUAAUAACUACAUUAAAAUUAUUUAUCUGCAAUUUUUCAACAUCCCAACUCUUGAGGGCGGUAUGCACGAUAAACAGUAAAGCUGCUGCACACGGGAAAACAGACGACAAGAAACGAACUGCUCUGUAAAAGUAGUCUGUAUUUCUAAAAUUCUACCUCCAUGGUCAGAAUAAUUAACUUUUUGUGAAAUUGUGAACCGUGCAGUAUUACUUAGGACUGAGCAUCGCAAUCUCCAAGCGGCAGACAUGGCAGAGAUCUCAAUCUACACACAGACAGUGAAUUAGUUAUUUCUUCUUAUUAUGUGUUGACUAUUUAUUAUGACAUAACACUAAACAACAGGUUGUUGCUUUGUUGAAACUUUGUAAUUGUUUUACGAUAUAUGACUAAGGCAUUAGUAAGUACAGCAGCUGACAGCUGUUCGUUAUCCACCACUGCACACCAGACUGUAAUGAUGAUGAUGAUGUUGCUUUUAAAGUUUUGGUAACUCAUCAUGCUCAUAUUAAAUAUUAAUAGGAUUUUUAAGACGUAGAUGAGUUUGCAGAGUACGAGUCAGUGACUAUUUACAUGUACAUCAUUGUUGUACACCGAACAUGCCUUACAAAUUGUGUGGUAAAGAAGGUACCAUUAAAUAAUGGCAAUGCACUGCAUGAAACAGUGAGUGGACAAACAUCUAUCCAUGGUUUGGAUACGUUCAACAAAUUAGAAAUGGAGGAGUCAUCAACUAUUAUUUCUCAUCAAACAAAAAAAGGAGACGAUGUCAAUGGUCGACCUCUGCAUCAACCAGGAAAAAACUGUAUUACAUCACCACGUGAUGUUUCCAUCAGUAACAAGGGAGGACACAAAAACAUCAAGCCGGAGGAGGUCUCGCAAGCUGUAUGCAUUAUGGAGGAGAUCAUGAACCCAUGUCAAAGUUCAUGUGUCAAAACUGAGACCUUACCAUUGGUUGAACAUUCAACCAAUCAGGAGACAAGGAUAACAGAGGUCAGCCCGUUGCCAUGGUUUACAAACUACGACAAAGUGGAGGAGGCGGUACAAGAUUACGAGAUUGAAACAACUUCUAAGUUUUUGAUUGGAAAUCCAGACAGAGACUUUGGGAAGUCUUUUGAUGAAAUAAAGCACUCCCAUCACAUUCAUUUAAAUGGCGGUGGAUUCGACAAUGAAAUUUCUCCCAAACUCUUGUUGGAUGGGAUUCCAUACAUCAUGAUGGGUAACAAGAAACUCGCAUGUCACCACGGAAAGCCUCAUCCCAACUCUGUCAAGAAGACCAAAAGCAAGCGACGCCUUUGCACACAGGCUUCAAAGAAAGUUGGAUGCCCUUGUCACAUCACGAUCCGACAUGUCAUGCUGCUGCCAGACUUCAAAUUUGAUGUGAGCAAAUUGACCGAGCACAGACGGAGGGAACUCUCAAAGCAUAUCAAGUCAACUCUGAAGGAAAAGGGAGUGACGAACGAGUCUCGAUUCUAUAUAGAGUUUCCUGACGUUGACAGCCACAGAAAUCAUCCUCUGGGAGAGGCUGCUGGCGUCAAACAACCAAUAGACAAACGGGUCAACGAAAAAAUGCUGCAGCUCAUCAGUAAUGGAAUGAAGUCCAUUCCACUGAUCGAGCAAUCCAUCAAAGAAUUUGUCAAGGAGGAGCUAUUUCAGGAUUCUCCAUGCCCACCACAUUCAAACCGCCGCUUCUUCCCUACACAAAAGGACAUCGCAAACCGCAUCUUCAAGGUGUCUGCGAGUUCAAUCUCAUCCAAAUUGAAGAUAGACAAGCUGGAGGAGCUGGUGUAUGGCUUGCUGGAGGAGCGAGCCAAUAAUGGAUUCGUUUUCUUUAGGAGUUCUGUUGGUACUGACGAUUCAACGUUGGAGUGUUCUGACAAAACACAAGAGUGUAGCACAAUCAAUCAAAAACAUCACAAAAUUAAUACGGAUUCCACCAAAAACCAGAGAUUUGACUCAUCGACUGAAGGCUUACUCUUUGUGUAUCAGACCCAUUUUCAAAGACAGCUCUUGGCUCGUUAUGGUUCAGAGCUAACCUUCUUGGACGCAGCGCAUAGAGCAGCUGACUAUGCGGUACCGAUGUACUUCCUGCUCGUGCAUACAAAUUGUGACUACCAAAUAGCGGCGAUGAUUGUUAUGGAGAGAGAAUCGGCGAGUGAUCUGGGGGAGGCGUUAGCGGUCAUCAAGAAAAACAACCCUAGCUGGAGACCUCAGCAGUUUGUUGUAGAUGCUUCUCAUGAGGAGAUUCAAACAGUGGAGAAAGUGUUUCCAGAGUGUCGAGUUUUCAUCUCUGACAUCCGACGUGAGCAAGCCUGGGAGCGCUGGCUAUCCAACCCAAAGCAUGGAAUACUCAACUAUCAGCAAUUGCUCUGUAAGAUGACGGCGGUUGCAACGGCUCGUACUAUAGAUAGCUACCAGGAAGCCAUGGACAAACUGAAGGAGGUAUCAAGCAAGGCUAAGUUAAAGCUAAUGCGAGCUUGGUUCCGGGAAAAGUGGCUUUCAAACAUACAGAGAUGGGCUUACGUUUUCCGGCAACAACGGCAGAUGCUUCCACUAAUCAUGAACAAUGGUAUCGAGGACCAGCGUGAAGCAAUGAGUUAUAACUUCAUCACCAGUAAUCGCAACUACCCACUUCACAAUUUGCUGAGCCUACUGGUUAACACCAUACUGCCUGAUUUAUAUGCAAGAUAUGUGGAGGUGAACACAGAAUGGAGCACCAGCACCAACACCGGUGUACCCCCACUUCUCUACAACCGCCCCAAGCCCUUUAUCGACCACUGCCAACAACGUAUAAAGGCCAAGACACUGACAAAACAACAGUCCCCCAGCGAGCUUUUCCACAGCCCCGAUCAUCCCAACGAUGGCAACCUGGUAGACCUCAGCAUUCCAUCCUGCUCCUGCCAGGACUUCACAAGGUCUGGUUAUCUUUGUGAGCACCUUCUGGAGUGUAUCACCAACAAGAAUGAGAUGCUCUGGGAGAGGUUGCCGUCAUCUUACCUCUUCAGCCCCUUCCUGACAGUGGACGAGGGGGCAGUGGUUGGGGGUGGAGAGCAGGUCUUUGGUGCAGUUGAUAAUGACGAGGAAGAGGAGUGUGAUAAUACUACCUCUGGGCUGUCCCCUGAAGAGGAAGCUACCUCCAAUUUAGAAGCAAUCCUUGCAGCCGUUGAAGCCCAAACAUCAUGUACAUCACAUUAUGAUCCUCCACUACAAGCAUCCACCACCUCAACCAUUGAUGAAGACACAUCCUACAACCAGGAAGCAGCACGAUGCCAACUCAUCGCUAAACAACUCCUAGACCUCACACAAACCAUAACAGACAGGGAGGUACUUUCAGCAGCACUGAUACACAUGGAGGCAUCACUAGCAACCCUUAACCAAGCCAUUCCACCGGGUAAACUAAACAUGACCGACCGACACGCAAGUACAAACUUACCAAUACACGUCAACAGAGGGCGACACAACGAUGAUGAGUACGAGUCUCCUCUGAAGAAGCCCCAUCUUUUAGACUGUGCUGUUGAGCAUGAUGAGUUGGUGUUGUUAGGAAAUCAGGUGGUGGAUUCGGAAAUCAGCAUUUGUGGUAAUGAGAUUGUAGAGGGUUAUGAAGUCUGUUCGGAGAGCUUGGAUAUUCAGGAAAGCAUCGUGACAGAAACAAUUGAUCUCCAACACGGAGCUGUGUUCAUCUUAGAUCCAUCAGGUGUUAUGAGGAAUUUGAAACUACCUGCUAAGAAUACAUAAUAAUAAUAAUAGUUAAACCUUUUAUAGAGCGCAUAACACAGAGCAUUACUGCAUGACUCUAUGCGCUUUUACAGAACAGAACACAAGAGAAACAAGUAAUGGUGCACUUGGUCCAUAGUAAAAUAAAGUUUUACCAAAUGCUAAACAGGUGUCCACAUGAGACGGAAGGAUUCAAAAUGAUUGCAUGGAAGGGUCCAUUUUGUCAAAUCAACCACAUAGAUUUAAAAGUGUGUGCAGAAAAGAUUGUAAAUUAUUUAAGGUAUCCUUUCUUGUACAAUUGAUAACUACAAAUUUGCUACUUGAAAAAGGGUCAUAUAACACCAUUGGUUUCUACACCGUAGCAUUUAAACAAGGGUACUGUACAAUCCUGUUGCAGUUGGAAAACAAAAACAAAAAAUUGCAACGACAUGUAGGUCUUGUGCCAAGACUAAAAAUACACCAGCUAACUUGUGAAAAUAGUUAAGGCUUUUUAAUAGUACAAACAAGUUGAACAACCCACCGUUCCAACUAAAAAUUGGCACAUUUAAAAUUCUCUCAGUUUCGGAUGUUUGUGCAGAGGUUUGAUCAAAUAUUUGUUUGAUAAUAAAGCCUUUGUAUCGUGCCUUUUUUUUAUAACAAGUUUAAUACAAAUUGAGAACUUGUAAGAACAAUUUUGGUAAAAGCAGCAGCACUACAAACACUGUGGCAAAGCCAGUAACAGGGUUAAGUGCCACAGAAAAAACAAAAACAAUUGUUGUUACACUCCGUAGGCCUACUUGCUUUGUACAACGAUCUCCUUCUCAUUAUUCUAUAAUUCAUGUGUAAUUUUAAGGUCUAUGUACUUUUUGUACACAAUGUGCACAGAUUUACACUAAACUGACACAGUUUGAAGAUA